AAAGGCUUAUGACGACACUAUGUGUAAAAAAAAAUGGCAUUGCUGUACAAGAGUUCAAAAAGCCGGACGUAAUAUUUCUGCCAAAUCUGCGAGUACGUCGCCUGCUCCUCUGCCUUCUAGUCGCGGCAAGAAGCGCCACAGCAAUUCAGGGUGGACUGGGGCCCUGUUUCUGCCCGCUCCGUGCUCCCUGUGUUUCCUCUGAGUCGUUGACCUCCAGCACCUCCACUACGUUUCGGCCCCCGUCAGCCCGACUUCCCCGUGCUGUUGCUUACACCAAGGAAAGAAGAAGACCUUUCACAUUGCUUCUCGCUCCCAAGCUCCGGAAUAAAUCCCACCUCUCCUCGUUGUUCUCCUUCCUCCCUCCUACCGAGCAUCCCGACGACCCACACUUACAAGACACCACGGAAGAGCGACCCCUUUUCUUCACGUUUCCUUCCAUAGAAAAUGCGCGUUUCGUUGCAGCUCAUCUGGUCGACUUUGGCCUGGCCCGAACGGUGUCGUUGUGGCCGUCCAGCGUGGAAACUUGGGAAGCCGCCGACGACGGGAAAAGGUCGACUGGCCGGGGGGGUCCGCGACAGGAGUAUGGGCUGAUGGUGAUGGCAAGGGCCGGGGCGGCUCGACUGAUCCACCUCGAGGUCGGCAAUCUCGUGAACGGAGGUCAGGAAGACGGAGCUCCCAGCCCUUCCUCUUCCCUAUCCUCCUUCUUCUCGCCGACUGACCACAAAAUCGGAAUAUCUGCUUUUGCAGACCAGGAUCAGUCCCCUGCCUUCCCGACGUUCCCUUCCUCACCUCCUCGAUCCCUCCCAAAAGAGGAGACAUCCGGUCUGUGGGACUGGGAAGACGUACAUGCGUUUGACGACGAGUAUUUCGAGGACGAGGAGGACGACCCCGUAGUCGUGCCGCAGGAGGAUAUCAUGAUAGUCAACGAAGACGACGCCUACGAGGCCGUGCUGGAACAAAAUGUAAUAAUAGAGCAAGAAGGGGAGGAAAAAGAAGACGUAGCAGGAAAGACAGGACUAAGGGGGAGGAUGGACAAAGAGGAAAAUAUUGAAGGAACGGUUCAAGCGGAUGAGGAGGUGCUUUCGACUGAGAUGGAGAGAAAAGGAGAGGGAGAGUUGGAUUGGUACGAUGAAGAUGACGUACAUAAUUCUUUGCUGGGAUGGUAAUAAACUGGGAACUUGAAAAGCGGGACAGUGAUUUACUUUGGCAACGCAGUGGCGUUAUUACUCUUUUGG